AUGACAGUCUCAAGUUCGUGUAGGAAGAGAAAGCUGAUUCAAAGAAACAGCCAGGCAAGCUUCCUUUUUCUGUAGGAAUAAUAAUAUCCCCCUUCUCCAUGGCCCACCUGGGAGCCCAUUUCGCCUUUAGAUCCCGCUGGCAGAAGACCGACGAUGAACUCUGUCGACAUAGCAUGUCCUUUAUUCUUCACAAAGCCAUUCGCAACGACUUCUUUCAGAGCUAUCUCUACCUGCUGGAAAAAAUUCCCCUGGUGAAAUUGUAUGCUUUAACAAGUCAAGUCAUCAAUGGUGAGAUGCAGUUCUAUGCCAGAGCUAAACUUUUCUACCAAGAGGUACCAGCUACAGAAGAGGGGAUGAUGGGAAAUUUCAUUGAACUGUCCAACCCAGAUAUCCAAGCCUCUCGGGAAUUUCUUAGAAAAUUUAUUGGGGGGCCCGGGAGAGCUGGGACCGACUGCGCCUUGGACUGCGGUUCUGGGAUAGGAAGGGUCAGCAAGCAUGUCUUAUUACCAGUUUUCAACAGUGUGGAGCUGGUGGACAUGAUGGAGUCAUUCCUCCUCGAAGCCCAGAACUACCUGCAGGUCAAAGGAGACAAGGUCGAAAGCUACCACUGCUGCAGCCUACAGGAAUUCACACCCCUGCUGGGGAGAUACGAUGUCAUCUGGAUUCAGUGGGUCUCUGGGUACCUGACUGAUAAGGACCUUCUUGCAUUUCUUUCCCGGUGUCGAGAGGGCCUGAAAAAACAUGGCGUCAUCAUACUGAAGGACAACGUGGCUCGGGAGGGCUGCACCUUAGACCUCUCUGACAGCAGUGUGACUCGGGACCUGGGCAUCCUCCACAGCCUCAUUAGGAAGAGUGGGCUGGUGGUGCUGGGCCAGGAGAAGCAGGACGGCUUUCCAGAGCAGUGCGUCCCAGUGUGGAUGCUCGCACUGCACGUCGACGGGCGCUCCUGA